AUGGAUGAACUUCCUUUCAUGCAUGUUGAAGGGGAUGGGUUUAAGGAGUUCGUUCAUGAGUUACAGCCUCAGUGGAAAAGCAUGAAGAGAAAAGAGGUUGCAAGAGGAGUAUGGGAGUUGUAUCAAAUGGAGAAAGCCAAGCUGAUGAGUGAGUUUGCUGCUCACUCAAUAAGAGUGAGCAUAACUACUGAUACUUGGAAGAUGGACAAUGCAUCUGCAAAUGAUACCGUUGUUUCGUACAUGAAGAGAAGACUUAGGAGUAAAGGGACUUUAAACUUUGACGGUGACUUUUUACAUCUUCGGUGUGCUUGUCACAUCAUAAAUCUGGUUGUGAGAGAUGGAAUCGAUGAGAUUGAGGAUGGGAUAGAGGCUAUUUGGCACUGUGUGAAGUUUAUCUGGUAUUCUUCAAGUAAACUUGAUAAAUAUAGGGAUUUUUCAGUGCUUGAACAGUUGAGCAACACUGCAAAUGUUCCCCUUGAUGUUAUAACUAGGUGGACCAGCACAUACUUAAUGUUGGCUGCAGCAUUAAAGUAUGAAAAAGUGUUUGAAAUGAUGGGUGAUGAAGAUGACACUUUUAAGAAGUACUUCGACGAGACGGAUGCCAAAAUCAAGAAGAAAAGGGCAGGUCCUCCUUCAUCACAAGAUUGGAGGAAUGCACAAGCUUUUGUGCAUUUUCUUGGGAAGUUUUACGAAGCAACCAUGAAAUUGAGCGCUUGGAAGAAAGUGACAGCACAUCUGCUGUUCUUUGAGUUGAUAGGGCUGCAAACAGAGAUUGAUAACAAGAUAAAUGAUGAUAGAGACCCUAUUUUGCAAAGGGUGGCUUGUGGGAUGAAAGACAAGUUCGAUAAGUAUUGGCGUUCAUUUGAACAAAUGAACAAAAUCAUUGUCAUAGCCAAUGUGUUAGAUCCUAGGUGGAAACUGCAAUACCAAAAAAAGGCAUUUGCCAAAGUUGGUUCAUCACCGAUAAGAGUUGCAACAAUAACCAGUGAGUUAAAGGGGAUUUUAAUGAUGAUGUACGACGAAUAUAGGCGCAGUGAUGCAGCCUUUUCCUAA